AUGUUUCCGAUUGCGAGCAAGGACGUCAGCCUCUCUGCGUUCUCGGAAGAAAGACAGAGUCGCCUCAGGGAGCUGAAACGCCGGAUACCACAAACAGAGAAGAUUCACCGCGAUGUCCUCAUGAUUCACAUCGAGCACAACGCGUCGCGCCCGGUCAAUCGCCUUCCGCAGGAGCUACUAGCGGACAUUUUUGCAAUGAGCUACACGAGCUACUUGGAGGAGGAGACUCCGGCAUGCAUUACACGGUGGCCUCCGGAUGUGAUGCUCGUGUGUGGUUUCUGGAGGCACGUCGCUGUGCAAACGCCGGCUCUGCGGAAUCGGUUGGAUGUCACGGAAGCGCCGGAGCUGGCGUUAUACCUCGCUAACCGGUUCACGGGUGGGCGUCUGUGCGUUUGCUUGCAUACAAAAGGAGGGGAGCCGCCCUCGGACCGGUCCAUGUCCGCUUUUUGCCAGCUCAUGUUGAGCCAUCCUUCACGGAUUUCCGAGCUUUACGUCGUGGUAAAAAGCAUAAGUCUGGACACUAGCAUGGACGCGGCACUCAACGCGUUCCAGCAGCGCGCAAACGCUCUGACCACGCUAGAUCUCACGUUUUGGGGAGACGACGAUCAGCAACCCGUCCUCGCCCAAUUCUGCUCGUUCAACGCUCCCGCACUUCGAAAUCUCGCCAUCGCUCCAGCUUUCAAACACAUGUGGACCUCGAACGUGAUGCGAUCUCCUCGACUCCGUCAUCUGGUCGUGCAGUCCAGUCCAAUGACUUCUAUCGAGAACGCGAUGGCCGACACGUUACAAGCUCUGGAGAACCUGCCAGAGCUUGAGAGCUUGACGCUGAACGACAGUCUGGCGGAAACGCAAGGAUCAACGCCGAUGGCCAACGUACCUUCUCUCCGAAAGUUGCGCAUGUCCUACAGGAAGACGAGCCAAUGUAUCGGCGUCCUGAAGGGUAUGCAACUGCAGGAACCUCUUUCGGAGCUGUGGUUGAGCUGCUACGAGAAUGCCGUCGAGGAUUGGGACGAACACUUGCCCGAACUCUGGCAUCUUACGCACAUGCACCUGCCCAAUCGAGAGGUCUCCGUCGAGCUCACGACGUUUUUCAUCGUCAUUCUAUCAAACGAUGCUCUCGGAGGUCACACGUUCUCUCUCACCCUCGAUGAAGUCCAGGACGACACCGCAUCCCCUCGCCUCUUCCUCUUGAUCGACCGUCUAUUCCAACAAACGGGCGUGACGUUGUCGUCCCUCAUCUUAAUGGAUGUAGUCAGUCUAAACGUGACGACUAUACGGAAUAUCCUCCUCAGAUUCCCCUCGAUCAGGCACUUGCAGACCGCCGGAGUGGAAAAUACGGCGGCUCUCAUGCAGGCUUUCCGCCAAGAGGAGGAAGAGCGAAGUUCUUUGAGCCCCCGAGUUAUCCUCCCAGACCUGAGGUCAUUGCAAAUUGUACGUGCAAUGGAGAGCAAGCUUACCCCAUGGUUCAACAUGUGCUUAGCCGAGCUUCGGAAUCGUUACCGACCCCACCUGAAGGGAGACAUGUCUGUCUUCCGCACGCUCAUCCUCCACGAAUGUGUAGGCCUGAAGCAAGGAGAUAUCGAACUUGUGCGAUCAGUGGUCCCGGAGCUGCGCGUCACGGCAUUGAAUUAA